UUUUCGAAUAAAACCUCUAUCAAAUAUUCAACUCUCUCACAAAACCAAAACCAAAAUCCAACAUGAAGAAGACCUACAAAUUUCAAAGCCUCUUCUCUUCUCUCGUCUUCCUCAUAAUCCUCCUGCUAUCCAUUUCGAAAGUCACCGCCGCCGCCGGUUCCCGUGGUGUCUGCCGGCACCCGCCGUCACGAAACAGCUGCAAGACAUGCAUGGCGGAGCAAAUGAAAUACGUUUGUCCUAAGUGUGUGCCGGUGCUCCGAUGCAUGGCUCGUUGCCUUUGGGGUGGUGUGACUCAGAAGACAUGCACCACUACGUGCGGAUGCGACACCGCGGCCAAGCCCUCACUGCUCGAGUGUAAACGCUGCGUUUCUAGGUGUAAGUGUAGUUGCGCGGCUUAAGAACGAAAAUUCGACUUUUAAUCCUCUCUUUUAUGUUUGGAAAUAAUAAUGUAUCAACUGCUGGAUCUUUUGUAUUUUAACUUCAUAUAUGUUGAAUGCUUCAAUUCGUAUAGUU